AUGACGCGCGCGACGGGACGCGCGCGCGCGAGCGAGGACGACGCGACGACGACGCGAGGGACGUACGGGGCGACGCGGACGUCGCGCGGAAGCGCGAGCGACGACGCGAGGGACGACGCGCGGAGGCGAGGGACGACGCGCGCGAGACGGUGGCGCGCGGCGGGGGCGUGCGCGUGCUUGGCGCUCGCGAUCGGGACGUGCGGAACGGGUGAAGGAGGCGCGAUCGAGCGAUGGGGAGAGGCGACGCGGGCGCUGGGCGCGAGGGCGUGGACGAAGGGCGUCGGCGCGGCGUUGGGUGAGGGGUCGGUGUCGUCCACGGUGACGUCGUCGGUGACGUCCACGGUGAACGGGGGGACGCCGAGUCCGCCGCCGCCGAGUCCGCCGCCGAAUCCGCCGCCGAACCCGCCGCCGCCGAGUCCGCCGCCGAAUCCGCCGCCGAAUCCGCCACCGAACCCGCCGCCAACGGCGACUCCAGACGCACAUCCGUCGUCGACUCCGGUGGAGAGUCCGAGUCCGGCGCCCGAGCCCGUGUCCUCGCCGCCGGCUUUGACGCCGGAUCAGGCCGCUAAACUUAAGCGGGAUAUUCGCCGGCUCACCAGAAAGAUCGGCAGACGCAAGCCGGACCACCCUUCGAUGCCCGGCUUGCAGCAACAACUCGCCGAGCUCCAAAGAGAGCUCAACGGCGAAGCGUCGCCGACAUCGAGUCCGAGUCCGGCGUCCGAGCCCGUGUCCUCGCCGCCGGCUUUGACGCCGGAUCAGGCCGCUAAACUUAAGCGGGAUAUUCGCCGGCUCACCAGAAAGAUCGGCAGACGCAAGCCCGACCACCCUUCGAUGCCCGGCUUGCAGCAACAACUCGCCGAGCUCCAAAGAGAGCUCAACGGCGAAGCGUCGCCGACAUCGAGUGUCAGCGCACGUCUGGGCUCGAAAGCUUCAAUCGUAGUCAGCACUCGUGACCUAGACGUGUCGCGCGCUUCACUUUUUUGUGUGGUCGCUGUCACCAUCGUCGGCAUCGUCAUACGUCGCCUUCGACGAGCGCCCGAGUUCGAGACUGACGAAAUCGCUCGCCUCUUGUGA